GUCAUUUGUAGUGAGAGACCGGAAUACGAGUGAUAUAUUAGGUAUUCUUUGGUUUGUGAUAAGUGAACAUGACUGAAAGACCUCACAUCCACUUGACCACGUGGUAAACGAGGGCACAUGACAUGACAUGAACGCCUCAACCACUAAGCCAACUGCGCAGUUGGCUUAGUGGUUGCCAGAUGAAUGUAAGCCCUUCUUUCAAAUCACAUUGGCUGUGAUGCAGAGAUCAUAGAGACAGAAAUGCUACAACAUUGGUAAUCGCAUCAGAGAAGUUAGAAACUAGCCUCCACUGAUUCUUCAAAAUGCUUGCUCCCUUAUCUCUUGGUCUAGGCAAGCCAGCAGCGGCUGAAGAUGUUGGCAGACGUGGAGAUUUCAAGGUCAUUUGCGUCUUAGGUUCAGGCGGCUUCGGUACGGUGAAGUUGGUCCACGCAAAAGAUGAUGAGACAGAACUCUACGCGAUGAAAGUCAUCGACAAACGACAUUUGUACUUUUAUAGAUUUUAGUGGUAGCCUGUUCUUUAGCGUUAUCAUGCAAGCCUAGCCAAGUUGUACUCGGAACAAAAAAGAAGUACGAGAAGUGAUUCGACUUUCCAUUCAACGUGCACCCUGUCCCUCUAUCCCAAAGAAAUUAACUUUUUCUUUUCACAGACACCGCUAAACCAAAUCCUCAGAAUCGAACACCAGCUCUUGGACCCAAAUAUUAAGCGACUGGUGGAGACCGAGAGGGAACUCGCAGCUGAGUUUGGAGCGGAGAAAGAACCGCAUCCGUUUAUCGUGCAACUCCACGAGGCCUUCCAGACCAAAGAGAAGCUCUAUGUACGCGCUUGUUGUAAUAGUCGUAUUGUUGAUGUUCUACUAAGUAAGUGUAUUUACUAGAGUUGACUUCUAAGUAAGUGUAUUUACUAGUGGUGACUUCGACUUCCCAAUGGUAUAUCUUCACGCAGUACGAGUGAAAAACACCUUAUCGCUUCUAUUGAUAAAAACUAGUUCUCUACCUCGUACGAGAUUGAUAUACUCCUUCCCUGCUCCCAACCCACUUUCAUCCCUCUACGUAUACGAGUACUUGAACGGUGGGGAGUUGUUUGACCUAGUCAGGGUGUUGAAGCGCUUCAACGUGACGCAGUUUGGGUUCUAUGCGACUGAAGUUGUCGAAGCUCUCAGCUUCCUCCACGAAAAGGGCAUUUUGCAUCGCGACGUCAAGCUAGAGAAUGUUCUUUUGUCCGCAGAUGGACACGUGAAGCUGUGCGAUUUCGGAUGCGCGAAGUUCUUCAAUUAAGGACAGUUCUAGAUAUAGUCUUUCCACAUCAUCCACUUGUAGUAUUUUUCUUCUUGUGAACUUGUAGUAUUCUGACUUUCUUGUGGGAAGUCACAGAGAUCCUUCUAGAAUCCUUUUGAGGCAAUUCGGAUUUUGUCAAGUUACUCUGACGCAACAACACCAGCGCCGCUAAUUCGCGAAAGAAUUCGUAGCUCCAGCUUCUCAGUCGUCGGCAACGGAGGAUGAACCGAUUCCCGUUGGGCGAACAAACACAAUGUUGGUGGUUUCCAGAAAAUCACUCAUGUCACCAGAGUACUACGAUGCAGGCGUCUACGGGGUAGAAUUGGACACAUGGCAGCUUGGACUCAUGUUCUACACAAUGCUACAAGGUACUUUUAGUCAUGUCCUGCUCCAGGAUGCCGCAUAGAUACAUAGGGACAUCUUUGUUCUUACAGUUAGAGAAAUUCAAAUUUGAAUAUUUUCUAGUACCUUUUGUACUGUAACAAACAUACAACAAUGAAUUUUACAUGCAUCUUCUAUCUAGUAAAUGCAUACGAAAAAAUCAAUUAUCUGCCAGGUCGAAGCAUCGACCUCUAUUCGCCGGACCUUGAAAGGCCGAUCGACGUUUCCGAUGUGAAUGCGAGAAGUGGCGACGCCUCUCUCGAAGAGAUUUCUAAGUUAUGAGUUUCUACGCCUAAUCGUCCUUGAGAAUGCAAAAGAGGCAUCAUCUGAAUGGAGGCACCCAAGAAACCUAGUAAUCCCAAUUGAAGAGACUAAUACCCUAAGAGAGAAAGCUCAAGCUCUUUCUUCCUCUAACCCAUCAAGAAUCCAUCUCAAGUCUUGUGAACGAUUUACUCAACGUGAAUUACAAGUCGCGGUUGGGGCAUCCACUUGGUGGGAGUUCGGUUAAGGAGCAUCCCUUUUUUGACGAUGUGGAUUGGGCAAAAGUACGGGAAAAAAGUUGGGCGAUGCCGCCAGAACUGGAUGAAGCAGCUGUCGAAAGGAUAGCAAGUACACUGCUAAAUGGUGCGUUUUUAUAUACUUGAUUCUAGUUUUAGUAGUUGUUGAUUUAGUUCUAGUAGUUGUAGUGCACCGCUAAGUAGUGCUAUUUGUAUUUUUUGAUACCGUCGAAUCAAUGAAUGAUUGCGCUGCACUGCAAUUCAUUCUUUGCGUGGAGAAUUGCAGUGCAGUUUGUGAAGUUGCUCACUUGGCUACCAAGAUGGGUUGAGUCCGGAUCGCAUCAACACAACAGGUUUCCACAACGAUUGGGGACGUGACUCGACACAAGUCGCUUUAAGCACUGACCUCUUUCCAGUAGAGGGCUUUUCGUUUGGCGAGGGACCACAAUUGAGUCACACCCUCCAGUCAGUGGCGAAGUCUAUGUCGAUGACACGACAGAAAUCCAUACGCGAUCCACAUCCACGGCGAAAAAGCAUACGCGAAGAUCCUGGGGCGCCAAGAGGGGGCAUGGAUGAGGACCUCCUCACGGAAGGGCAGGAAGAGGAUAGUGAUUGUUACGGAACAACUUGUUAGCUUGCCUUUUUCCGUGACAAUCACUAUCCUCUUCCUGCUUCCGUAACUGAACCUCAAUAACAACAUCAGUAAUAUGUUUUUCAGGGAAUUUUCGAUCAAGGAACACCUAUGACUAAACUAGUAUAUAUACGUCCUGUCUCUCGCGCUGUGCACUAGGAAGAGGAAGAACUGGGCGGGUCUACUCGCUACUGCAUCCCCUGUCGGCUACGACGUCGAGUCUACCCUGGUCAUCCUGUGUACAGUGUGUGGCUAGUGAGUACCACCGUUCAUCCUGUGUACGUGUUGUGUACAGUACGUGUUGUAGAACAGUUUAUAAGGUUUCCGGGGGCCGGUUGGCAUGGCACGAAUGGAACGGUUGGAACGAAUGGCAGGCAUCCAAUCCGGGGCUUCAAUGUGCUCCGCCAUAAGUACCUGCACUUUUUGGCUUCGUUGGGUUGUUCCAACCGUGUCAUUCGUGCCAACCGUGCCAACCGCCAUUGUGUUCGGGCAGGAAGAGGAUAGUGAUUGUUACGCCUUCAAACAAUAUUUAUGGGCGAACUACAAAUACCUGCUAGAAAAUAUGGAGAGUCUGCUCACCACCUCUAAGAUUCCGACAGCACCGCGGCUCCGGAAGCAAAGGUACAGAAGAAAUCCGACGGAGCACAUCCAACCCUGUUGGAAAAAACACCUGCCACAAAGAGUCUACAGAGUCACCCUGAUGACGCCGCGACACCUGAGAAACCAUAGAGAUUAUUUGAAUGAGUUUAAGCAAGUAUAUUUUGUAGUGAUGCAUCAUAGAAUUAGAAUCAUCAUCUGACAGACUCUUGUAACGACGCGGUAAAGUUGUGCCGUGCCUUGGGAGUCAGUCUAGACUUUGCAUUUUUCUUUUGUGCUUUUAGCUAAAAGGAACUACCAGUGGAGCUUCACUUUAUUUGACCUUGCAUGCACUAACGCUGCUAACCAAUGGUACGUCCUAAGUAAAAUAGAACGUAGAAAAUAUGCUUACAAGCGGUACAAAAAGAGAGAAACGCCAUUGAAUCUAAGAAGUACAGAGAAAUUCUGGAGUACAUGGAGAUUUCGGCUCCAAUGAUGUUGUCAGAUGAACCAAAGAAAAAAAACUUUUGUUAGUCCCCAGUGGCAGUGGAGCACUUGUUGUUCGUCAUGAUUGAUAUCUACUGAGAGGAGC